GAGCGUGAGCCACGUGAUCCGGCUGCCGCCGCUGGGCCGCCGCUAUCUGCACAGCGAGCUCACCUGCAGGGCCUCCAACCACCCGGAUGUCCUGCUCUCCACCAGCGUCGUCAUCGACAUGCUACUGUCGCCGCUGGUGACGCAGCUGCUUGGGGAGAACCGUCCGCUGAGCGCGGGCCGGCAGUACGAGGUGUCCUGCCAGACGGUGGGCUCGCGGCCGCCGGCCAAUGUCUCCUGGUGGCGCGACACACUGCUGCUAGAGGGCGCCAGAGACACUACGAGUGGGGACGGCAACGUGACGACGAGUACCCUGUCACUGUCUCCUGUGGCUGACGACUCUGGACGGCAACUGUGCUGCAGGGCUGCCAACAUCCUGCUUCCGCCGCCAGAGGUCAGCGAGCAGCUGCACGACUGCCGGACGCUGCACGUCCGCUACAGUCCCAUCGUGGACCUGGAGCUGGGCAGCAAUAUCAACGGCAGCGCCAUCCGCGAGGGCGUCGACGUCUACUUCGAGUGCAACGUUCGCGCCAACCCGUGGAUCCAUAAAGUCGUCUGGAGGCACAAUGGUCGCCAGCUGCACAGCAACCCGAGCGCCGGCACGCUGCUGAGCAACCAGACGCUGGUGCUGCAGGCGGUCAAGCGGCAGCGCUCGGGUCUCUACACGUGCGUUGCGAGCAACUCGGAGGGCGACACCGAGAGCAACGCCUUCAACCUCGAUGUCAAGUACGCCCCGGAGUGCGUGCACGGGCAGCAGCGCGUAUGGGGGGCGGCGCGCCGCGAGACGGUGUCGGUGCCUUGCCAGGUGGAGGCGCGGCCGGCGGCCACGCUCUUCCGCUGGGCCUUCAACAGCAGCGCGGGCGGGCCCAGCUCGACGCCGGCCGCCGUCACCACGCAGCCGGGCCGCAGCGUCGCCACGCACACGCCGCUCAGCGAGCGCGACUACGGCACGCUGCUCUGCUGGGCGCGCAACGAACUCGGCACCCAGCUGCACCCCUGCGUCUUCCUCGUCGUGCCUGCAGGGAAGCCGGACCCGCCCCGCGACUGCCGCGUGUCCUCGCGGUCCACGACGUCGCUGCAGGUGUCCUGCACGCGGGGCUCGGACGGCGGGCUGCCGCCGCAGCACUUCACGCUGGAGCUGCUGGCCGGCCGCGGCGGCCGCCUGGUGGCCAACGUCACCAGCCGCGCCUCCCCGGAGUUCACCGUCGCUGGACUCGAACCCGGCACCACCUACCACCUCCGCGUCUACUCCAGCAACGGCAAAGGCCGCAGCGACGCCGCGGCUGAGCUCAACGUCACCACCCUCCGGGCUUCGCAGCAACACCGGAGGAUCGAUGCUGUGUCGACGGCGCCGUCGCCGCCCGCGCCGCUGCUGCCACCCCCGGCGUGGUUGGUGGUGGUGGUGGAGACGGAGCUGCCGGGGCAGGCGUACAAGGCGCUGCAGCAGUACAACAUCGUGGUGGAGGCGCGCCCUGUCAACGUGGACUCCUCGGCGCAAACCGUCCUCUACAGCGCCGUCAACACCUUCCCCAUGACGGAGGCGGUUGUGCUGGCGCCGUGCUGGCCGUCCCCCGGCUCCUCUGACGCGUCGGCGCCGCUGCUGGCGCCCGCGACAGCCACAGCCGCCCCCGGCGGGCCGCCCCCCGGCGCCGCCCCCCUGGGCUCUGCGGCGGCAUCCCCGCGGCUGCAGGACGCCGAGACCCAGACGGCGGCGACCCUGCUGCCGCUGCCGCUGCCGCUGCCCCUGCCGCUGGCGACGGCUGCAGCCGCCCCCGCGCCUGCCCCUGGCACCGCCGCCGCUGUUGCCGCCGCCGCCUUGGGCCAGCAGCACAAGGAGAGCACCGUGUAG